UUAUUCAUUUCUGUGUUUUGUGUUGCUAACAAGUGGAUGUUUUUCUUCUUCCUUUGAUCAUCAUCUUUGCUCUCCCACUGAAGCUUCUGCUUUGCUUCAGUUUAAGCAACCCUUUGAGAUUACAUCCGAGUACUCUUGUCAUUUCCGAGGGCAAGCUUCUUUCCUAAAAACAAAGUCUUGGAAUGAGAGUAGGGAUUGUUGUACUUGGGACGGAGUCACUUGUGACAUGUUAAACGGUCAUGUUAUCGGGUUGGACCUUAGUUGCAGUCUGCUAAAAGGAACUAUUCAUCCGAACAGCAGCCUCUUCCAACUUCAUCAUCUUCAAACACUAAACCUUGCUUACAAUAACUUUUCAACUUCUUCAAUCCCACAUAACAUUGGUCGAUUGACGAAUUUGAGGAAUCUCAACCUUUCUUAUUCUUACUUUGAUGGAAAAAUCCCAACAGAAAUCUCAUACCUUUCCAAUUUAGUUUCACUUGAUCUUACUCCUCCUUAUAAGCUCAAAUUGGGUUUCAAUGCUCUUCUCAAAGGAGUUUUACCAAAGAUCCACCCGAGCAGUACUCUGUUGGAGUUGGAUAUUUCAUACACAGGAAUCUCCGGUGAGCUGCCUCAUUCAAUUGGCACAUUGAGUUCCUUGAAUAUCUUGUACUUCCAUGGAUGUGACUUUUCUGGUCACAUUCCUAAUUCCAUUGGCAAUCUUACACAAAUUAGGGAGUUGAUUUUAUCUGAUAAUCGUUUCGCUGGCCACAUUCCUUCCACAAUCUCUAAAUUGAAGCACCUCACACAUUUAGUUCUUGAGUCCAAUUCCUUUUCAGGUGAAAUUCCAGAUGUUUUCUCUAAUCUCCAAGAGCUACGUUAUUUAGAUCUUUAUAGUAACAGCUUCAUCGGUUCGUUUCCUUCUACAAUUUUAAACGUGAUACAUCUUCAAUACUUAGACUUAUCGAGUAAUUCCCUAUCUGGCUCACUGCCCAGCAACGCAAACAUGUUUCCAAAGCUAACCGAGCUGGAUUUGUCAUACAACUCACUGAAUGGUACCAUACCAUCUUGGGUGUUUAGCCUCCCUCUGCUAACAUCACUGUCGCUCCAAAAUAAUCAAUUUAGUGGACUAGCCGAUGAGCUCAAAAAAAACCCAACAUUAGAAGACCUGUUUUUAAGCAAUAAUCAACUCAGUGGUUCUUUUCCUCAAUCACUUGCGAAUCUCACAAACCUUUUUACCCUUGACAUUUCAUCAAAUAACAUCACGGGUGAUGCGGGAAUAAAUAUCACCUUUCCUAGCCUAGAAAAAGUGUUCUUAUCAUCUUGUGAAUUGAGGGAUUUUCCACACUUCUUGAGAAAUGUAAAGACACUUAUGGUCUUGGAUAUUUCUAACAAUAAGAUUCGUGGUCAAAUCCGUAACUGGUUUAGCGGCAUGAGAGAGUUUUUUCCUCUUCCAAACAGCUUGGAAAUGCUUAAAUUGAGUGGGAAUGAUCUUCUCAAAGGAGUUUUUCCAAAGAUCCACCCGAGCAACACUCUGUUGGAGUUGGAUCUUUCAAGCACAAGCAUAUCCGGUGAGCUGCCUGAUUCAGUUGGCACCUUGAGUUCUUUGAAUAUCUUGGACCUCUAUGCAUGCCAAUUCUCUGGUUUCAUUCCUGAUUCCAUUGGCAACCUAACACAAAUUAGGGAGUUAUGGUUUUCGGGUAAUCGUUUCACUGGCCAUAUUCCUUACACAAUCUCUAAAUUGAAGCACCUCACACAUUUAUAUCUAUCUGACAACUCCUUUGGAGGAGCAAUUCCCCAUGUUUUCUCCAACCUCCAAGAGCUAGUUGAAUUGGAUCUUUCUAAUAACAACUUCACCGGUCCAUGUCCCUCUUCAAUUUUAAGCUUGACAAGUCUUCAAUACUUAGAUUUGUCUCACAACUCACUGAAUGGCACAAUACACUCUUGGGGUUCACUACCUUCAUGCAUAUGUAACCUAAGCAGCCUUAGAAUUCUGGAUUUAUCACGCAACAACUUCAGUAACUCGAUUCCAAAUUGCUUGCAUAUCAUGGCUAAGCUAACGGUCUUGGACUUAAGAAGUAACAAUUUCAGUGGGAGUCUUCCACUUUUAUGUACUCAAAGCACUUCAUUGACGACCAUUGUCUUGAAUGGCAAUCAAUUUGAAGGAUCUGUCCCUGCGUCGUUACACAACUGUGUUGGUUUAAAAGUUCUUGAUUUGGGGAACAACGCUAUAAAUGACACAUUUCCAGCUAGGCUAGGAACUCUUGAAGAGCUGCAAGUCCUUAUAUUAAAGUCGAACAAGUUCCAUGGACCUAUAAGUUCUUGGCAGAAGUUUUGCUUUCCUAGGUUGCGGAUUUUUGAUCUCUCUCAUAAUGCGUUCAAUGGCUCACUGCCUGCAGAUUUUUUUAGAAACUUCAAGGCAAUGACAAAAAAUGGCACAGACAAAGGUUACAUUACAUAUAUGGAAACAGCAGUUUUCAGAUCAUUCCUUGAGUCAAAAAUCAGCACAAUUAUGAUAGCCAUAGAUCUCUCAAGCAACCAUUUUGAAGGUGUCAUUCCAAAAACACUAAAGGAUCUCAGCUCACUUUGGCUACUCAAUUUAUCCCAUAACAAUCUCAAAGGUGAUAUUCCAUUGGAACUGGGGCACUUGAAUAUGCUUGAAGCGUUAGAUCUCUCUUGGAAUCGGCUCACUGGAAUGAUUCCACAGGAAUUGACAGCAAUGAACUUUUUGGAGUUCUUAAACCUCUCUCAAAAUCAUCUCGUUGGACGCAUUCCUCACGGUUCACACUUCAACACAUUUGAAAAUGACUCGUAUGGUGGCAACCUUGAUUUAUGUGGUCCUCCUUUGUCAAAGCAAUGUGGAACGAGUGAUCGCUCGCAUGUUCCUCAAUCACUGGAGGAAGAAGCAGAAGAAGAUGAGUCAUAUUUCUUAAGAGGAUUUACGUGGGAAUAA